ACUGUGUAUUUGCAGUGAUCAGGAUAGAUGACCAGAUGCUGCUACUGUCUGGUGUGCUGAUCGCUGGCUCACUCCAGAGGUGCACGUUUGCUCGCUCUGCAUCGUACUGCAUGCUGUAAUUCGUCGUUGAAGCCACAUAUUCAAAACAGUUUAUACCAUCAAACAUUUUAUAUAGACUGAUCCUAUGUCUCAUAAACUCUCUAAGCACUGUGAAUUGAAACUACCAAAUUACGUGGAAUUUGCAAGCGACUAACACGUGGGUCAAAUGGCAUAUUUUUCUGAUAUUUAAUAAGGAGCCUUAUCACCAUUAUGAUGAACCGGGAGAAGUGGGUUAACCUCAGUCCUUCAGAAUUUUCUCAGCUUCAGAAAUAUGCAGAAUACUCCACCAAGAAAAUUAAGGAUGUUCUGGAAGAAUUCCAUGGUAAUGGUGUGCUAGCAAAAUAUAAUCCUGAAGGGAAACGAGACAUUCUUAAUCAAACAAUUGAUUUAGAAGGUUUCAGGCUAUUCAUGAAGACCUUUCUGGAAGCUGAGCUGCCCGACGAUUUCAGUGAACAUCUCUUUACAUCAUUCAGCAACAAAAUCUCCCAUUGUAGCCCCUUAGUAAAAAGCAAGCCCCAACUCCUACCAGGAGGUUUGAGAAUUAAUAAAGGUACCACUACAUCACGACCUGCUGCUCCUGCCAAUUUACAUGUACCAGAUGUAAUCCAGUUGAAAGACAUUGUUUGCUAUUUGUCUCUGCUUGAAAGAGGAAGACCUGAAGACAAACUAGAAUUUAUGUUUCGCUUGUAUGACACAGAUGGAAAUGGGUACUUGGACAGUUCGGAGCUAGAAAAUAUCAUCACUCAAAUGAUGCAUGUUGCAGAAUAUCUUGAAUGGGAUGUCACUGAACUCAGUCCAAUCCUUCAUGAAAUGAUGGAAGAAAUUGAUUAUGACCAUGAUGGCACAGUAUCUCUGGAGGAAUGGAUCCAAGGCGGAAUGACGACAAUCCCACUCCUGGUGCUCCUUGGAUUGGAGAAUAAUGUGAAGGAUGAUGGGCAGCAUGUAUGGAGACUGAAACACUUUAACAAGCCUGCCUACUGUAAUCUUUGCUUGAACAUGUUAAUAGGAGUAGGCAAGCAGGGUCUCUGCUGUUCCUUUUGCAAAUACACAGUCCAUGAACGCUGCGUCUCAAGAGCACCUGCCUCUUGUAUCAAAACAUAUGUGAAGUCCAAAAAGAACACUGAUGUAAUGCACCACUACUGGGUAGAAGGAAACUGUCCUACAAAAUGUGAUAAGUGUCACAAAAAUAUAAAAUGUUACCAAGGCCUGACUGGACUUCAUUGUGUUUGGUGUCAGAUCACACUCCAUAAUAAAUGUGCUUCACAUCUAAAGCCUGAAUGCGACUGUGGCCCUUUGAAGGACCAUAUUUUACCACCCACAGCAAUCUGCCCAAUAGUAUUGGAAAGACAGGCAACUGUGAAAAAAGAAAAGAGUUGCCCCCAGCAAAUGAACAAAUUGGGAGAACAGACUAAGAUGCAAAGAGCAAAUUCUGUCACUGUAGAUGGACAAGGACUUCAGAUCACUCCGGUUCCAGGAACUCAUCCGCUUUUAGUUUUUGUCAACCCUAAAAGUGGGGGGAAACAAGGAGAAAGAAUUUACAGAAAAUUUCAGUACCUUUUAAAUCCUCGUCAAGUUUACAGUCUUGCUGGAAAUGGACCAAUGCCAGGGUUAAAUUUUUUCCGAGAUGUUCCUGACUUCCGGGUACUGGCGUGUGGUGGAGAUGGAACAGUGGGUUGGAUCUUGGAUUGCAUAGAAAAGGCAAAUUUGCUUAAACAUCCUCCAGUUGCUAUUUUGCCUCUUGGGACUGGCAAUGAUUUAGCAAGGUGUCUGAGAUGGGGAGGAGGAUAUGAAGGUGAGAAUUUGAUGAAGAUCUUGAAAGACAUUGAGAACAGCACAGAGAUCUUACUGGACAGAUGGAAAUUUGAAGUCAUACCCAAUGAUAAAGAUGAGAAGGGAGAUCCAGUGCCUUAUAGCAUCAUCAAUAAUUACUUUUCUAUUGGUGUGGAUGCUUCAAUUGCCCACAGAUUCCACAUCAUGCGAGAAAAACAUCCAGAGAAGUUCAACAGUAGAAUGAAGAACAAAUUUUGGUAUUUUGAGUUUGGCACUUCUGAAACUUUCUCAGCCACCUGCAAGAAGCUGCACGAAUCUGUAGAAAUAGAAUGUGAUGGAAUUCAGCUAGACUUAAUCAAUAUUUCUCUGGAAGGAAUUGCCAUUCUGAACAUUCCAAGCAUGCACGGUGGAUCAAAUCUUUGGGGAGAGACCAAGAAAAGACGUAGCCAUCGUCGAACUGAAAAGAAGAGGUUGGAUAAAAGAACCACUGUCACAGAUGCCAAGGAACUGAAGGUUGCAUGUCAAGAUCUGAGUGAUCAGCUGAUGGAAGUGGUUGGUCUGGAAGGAGCCAUGGAGAUGGGUCAGAUAUAUACAGGACUGAAAAGUGCUGGUAGGCGGCUUGCACAGUGCUCAUCUGUUGUCAUCAGAACCAGCAAGUCGCUGCCCAUGCAGAUUGAUGGAGAACCAUGGAUGCAGACCCCUUGCACAAUAAAAAUUACCCACAAGAAUCAAGCCCCAAUAUUGGUGGGACCUCCUCCAAAAACCGGUCUAUUCUCCUCCAUUAUCAGAAGAACAAGGAACCACAGCAAGGAAUAAGCCUCUGUAGUUUAGUUCUUAGAAAACAAAUUAGCAGUGCUGGGCUUUUGAAUAUUUAUGCCGGAAAUCUUUCAAAAGUUUUAGAAUAUCCUCUACUCACAGAAUUCUGGAAUUUGGCAUAAGAGUUUCAGUGACUGAGCUAAUGUAAAAUUAUGCUGUUAGAAAAAUUUAUUGUCACUUUUUUUUUAGGCAUUUUGCAUGAGGAAAGCAGAUGUUUAUGUACAGUGAUAUGGCAUCUUUUUGUUGCA